GUAAGAUAGAAUUUUCUCAAUGGCUGCAUGGAAAGUCUGCAGCAGAUAAGGGGGAUUGUUUAGGUUUUUUUAGAUAAGGGGGAUUCACGCCUUUAAGGUUGCUACGCAACAGCCGUCUUCGGUCACGCAUGUGCGCGGUGCAUAGUGGGAGUAUCCGCGCGAUGCUGAAUCAGUGCAGGAGCAGAGGAGGCUGAAAAUGGUGCAGCAUCAACAAGGGAAAAAAACGCUGCGGUCGCGUCAACGGAACGAUGCGCCUUCCCAUAAACGCUCACUUUGAGAUUUUACUCCGACGACAUAAGAACAGUUGUAUGUGCAUACUGUGUUGCAGGUAAAUGGCAGGGUUUGAUAAAGUGCUGGCCAGCCAAUGCAGUGCGUAGGGCCCGGUGUCAACGUAGACGAAAACAUGAACGGGGCAGGGGAGCAGGUUGACAUCCUGCCCCCCAACUGCUUGGUGAAAGAGCGCUGGAAAGUGCUGAAGAAAAUAGGCGGCGGAGGGUUCGGAGAGAUAUAUGAGGCCUGUGAUCUGUUGACACGGGAGAAUGUGGCUUUAAAAGUGGAAUCUGCCCAACAGCCCAAACAAGUGUUAAAGAUGGAGGUCGCUGUACUAAAGAAACUACAAGGAAAGAAUCAUGUUUGCAAAUUUAUUGGAUGUGGAAGAAAUGACAAGUUCAAUUACGUUGUCAUGCAGCUGCAGGGAAGGAAUCUUGCUGAUCUGAGGCGCAGUCAGCCUAGAGGGACAUUCAGUAUGAGUACUACUCUACGGUUAGGAAAACAGAUCCUGGAGUCCAUUGAAGCAAUUCACUCUGUGGGCUUCCUGCACCGAGAUAUUAAACCUUCUAACUUUGCCAUGGGCCGGUUGCCAUCCACUUGUAGGAAGUGUUACAUGCUGGACUUUGGUUUAGCGAGACAAUACACGAAUACAAAUGGGGAAGUGCGGCCCCCAAGGACGGUGGCAGGGUUCAGAGGAACAGUUCGCUACGCUUCCAUUAACGCUCAUAAAAACAAGGAAAUGGGUCGUCACGAUGACUUGUGGUCAUUAUUUUAUAUGCUGGUAGAGUUUACGGUUGGACAGUUACCAUGGCGUAAGAUAAAAGAUAAGGAGCAGGUGGGACAGAUUAAAGAACGUUAUGAGCACAGGAUGCUGUUAAAACACAUGCCUGCAGAGUUUCAUAUCUUCUAUGACCAUGUGCUGGAUUUAGAUUACUUCACCAAACCUGAUUAUCAGUUGCUAAUGUCAGUAUUUGAGAACAGCAUGAAGGAGAGGGUGAUAACUGAGAAUGAGCCAUACGACUGGGAAAAAUCCGGAACAGAUACGGCCCUCCCCACCAGCACACACACCCCACCGCAACAAAACACACGGCAGACUGCUGCUAUCGUAGGGAUAGUGAAUGUGACACCAGUUCCUGGAGAAUUACCUCGGGAAAACACUGAUGAUGUUCUGCAAGAUGAACACCUAAGUGACCAGGAGAACGCUCCACCUGGUUUGACACCCAGCAGACCCAGUGAGCCCACACCAGCCCCACCUGCUGGUGAAGGAUGGGAUGAAACUGAUUUCAACCGUAAUAAACUCAGGAUCAGCAUCAGUAAGACACAGGUAGCAGCAGCAGCAGAGGAAGGGGAGGAGCCUGUUGGAGGCUUGCGGUCGGUGUCCCCGGCGAGGGGUGGCGAAGCAGACGUUCAAGCCCGCCCUCCAAGGUACCGGAGAGUCAACAGUCCGGAAUCAGACCGUCUGUCUGCUGCUGAGGAUAGAGGAGAUGGUGCAGAUAGACGCUCUCGUAUGGACAUGCUGGGUUCUCCAUCCAGACACGUCUAUUCAUCCCAGCCUGCUCAGAUGCUCUCCUUAGAUGCCGGACUGGGAGAUCGCCUGGCUGGUGGUCGCCAUGAUGUCUCUGGAGAUGGUGACCAAGAGGCUCACAGCAACGCUUUCAUCCGCUCCGUACCGCUGGCAGAAGAAGAGGACUUUGACAGCAGAGAGUGGGUGAUGAUUGAUAAAGAAACAGAGCUGAAAGACUUCCAUCCUGGAGCAGAGCCCACCACCUCGGGCACCACGGAUGAGGAACCAGAGGAAUUACGUCCCCUUGAGGACCACGACGAGAGGAGAAGGAGAGGAGGCGGGCAUGGAGCGGGCAGAGCUGAGGCUGUGGUACGACCCAAAACGCAACGUGCAAUGAUGAUUGUAGCAGAGGAGGAGGGGGCUGGGCCAAGCCCCACUCAUUCACCUUAUCACUCAUUGCCUCAUCCAAGAAGAAGGGAGUCAGAGCCGUUUGGACCCGAUGGACCGGAGAUCGCAGUGGCCGAAUGCUUAACCAGCACCUCUCAAGCACGUCUGAAGCGAGUGGACUUUGUAUCUGGCGUGCUGAUGUUUGACGACCUGAGGGAGGAGGGUGCGAAGACCCGUGGGUCAUGUAGUGACGGAAGCCCUCGCAGUAGUGAAGGAAGCCCUCGUAGUAGUGAAGGAAGCCCUGAGGGGGCCGCCUCCACCCUGCUUGCCCCCGCCCACCGAGACCACGAUCAGGAAGAGGGCUCGCGCACGUUAGUGCUGGUCUCCGCUGGUAAUGGACAGGUUUCACCUGGAGACGGGCAGGGUACCCUGGCCGCAUUGACGCCACAGGGAGAGCGACCCGUGCCGGAUGAAUCUGAACCCGGGACUCUAUCCUCGGUCGUAAGGUCAGAGCCCAGGCCUAUCGUUAUGACGGCUGCUGCUGUGAUCACCAGCAGAUCUUCCUCACCUCCGUUCACCAAGGUGGAACGUACAUUCAUCCACAUUGCUGAGACGACCCAUCUCAAUGUCAUGACAGCCAAACACCGUCCACCUGGAUUGGAUGAAGUGAUGUUUGCUGAGCGUGACGAGUCAGGUGGUGAAAAAGAGCAGAAGAAAGAAGUUGAAAAAGGAAGGGAAAAAGAGAGGGAUAGUGAUUUGACUGCAGCGGAAGGGGAUGACGAAAACCGGGAGAAAGAAAAGGAAGGUGAAGAGGAGAAAACGGAAGAAAGUCAAGCUGAGGAGAAUGAUAGCAAGGCUGACGAAAUAGAAAAGCAAAUAGCAUGUAACAAUCGUGCUGAAGAAGCAAAGACUUUGUUUAUUGCUGGGUCACAUGACCAGCAAGAGACCACAGAGGACACCAAAUUGAAUGUCAAACCCGAAAGUGUCACACCUGUAGAAGAGCAACAAAUGAAACAGGAGCAAGAAGAGUGUCCCUCUCCUCCUCCUGAACAAAAGAAAGAUGCAGAUGUUGAAGAAGAGGCAGAUUCAUCCAACAGAAAGCCAGAAUCAACACAGAGGCGAAGCCGCAUUCCUGUGCUCUUGUCGGAGGACGAAACCGGCUCGGACAAGUCGUCUCAGACAAGUCAAGAACAGUUGCAAAGAAUUCGCAAAAGCCACCAACAACACCUUGCCCGUCUCGUUCUGGAGCGUAAACAGACACACCUGAUUCGUUCUCGGUCAGCCUCCUCCCGCUCCCCAACGCUAUCUACGACUGCAUCUGAGGAUGAAACGAACCAAUCAGAUGACUCCGGCAGACGGGAAACAGGAGCCGAAGAACGAAAUAGAAGCAGGAUUCCUCGGCCAGUCACACCCAUAAAGGGGUCUUCCGAACAAAUGGGGAGCGUGACACUCCCACAAACCCAGAGAUCUGUGUCUUUCAUUCAAUAUAGAACCAACAGUUCUGUCAAUCCCAGGCUACAAAAGUCUGCAAGUCUGCACACAAAUAUCAAUCAGCAGCCGAAACCUCAGCUCCGCCCCUCUAAAACGCUUCCACCUCGUCCUCCAUUCUCAGGCCCGUUCCACUCGCAAGGAAGUCGGACCGCCACACGUACCAUUUCUCGUACCUCAGCUGCCAAUGCCCCCCGAAGCAUUAGCACCUCCCCUCGGAGUUACCCCACCUCUCGCACUGACAGCCCCUCACCCCAGCGCAUCCGCCAAAAGCCUGCAGCCAAUGAAAUGCAAAGACAGCCCCAGCAGCCCAGACCACCUCUCCAAACCCAGUCUAAAUCCAAAACUCAGGAGUCCACCUCCAAAAAAGUCAAACUCCACCCAACAACACUGUCACAAAAAGGGAGAAAAGAACCAGUGGAAUCGAAGACGAAACCAAGAUAAUUACAGUACGAGGACUUUGAUCUGGAUUCUCUAGUUUACUUGUCAUCAUCAUUUAGGCCCUACAGUACCAGGCCAUAAUAAUCUUUAAGUAACCAGUGUUGGAUAAAACCUCUCGUGAACCACAAUAGACUAAACCAAAAGGAUGGGCACGUUCCCUAUUCGGGCACGUUCCCUAUUCAGCCAAGUGACUGCAGCAGCUACUUAAAUACCUCUCAUGAGGAGAACCUCUGACAUUUACACACAUGCACAUUGACUGUAGUAAAUCAUGUGUGUGGGUAAAGUAUCAUGACUUAAGUGUGUUGGACAGAUCAACAUGCCUCAUAUGCCUUAAACCUACAAAGGAAAUAAUUGCUGCCAUCACUUCAAGGCUUCCACAGGCUCUUGUCGCCAUUGUCACGUCUAGUAAUACAAUCACAUCAUAUGCUUUUGAAUUCUGGUUCAGUUGCAGCUUCCUCUGGCUACAUUACUACAGGUAAAUACACAUGCAAUUGAGUUUUUUUAAAUUGAAAGUUAUUUAACCUUAACCAACAUCACAAUAGCAAAAUCUGUAAAAAAAAACAAAGAUAGCUUUACUGAAACGUAAAGCUGCAAUACGUAACUUUUGCCUCUCUUUUUGCUGUCUCUGUUUGGGAUAAUAAAAAUUGCAUGUUGCAUUCAUACUUAUACAGCCGUGGAAAAAAUUAAGAGACCAUUCAAAAUGUUAAUUUAAUCAGCGUUUCUAGAUGUAUUGUGGCCAUUUUACUUCAGUGUCUGUUGAAUUUUAACAAAAUCAAACCACAGGAGUAACAAAGUCAUCCAACAGCGAUGUGAAAGACUGACAGCAUGACAAGACACAUGAAAACUGUUAUAAAAAUCUUGUUAUCACAUAAAAAAUAUUUUUUAUAUAUUACAAAUAUUACUGUUAUAUUGCUUGAAACUGAAUAUGACCUUGUUUUCUUUGCCAUAUUUGAGGUCUGAAGAAAUACAGAGCAUCUUUUCUGUUAUUUUGACCUGUUUCUCCAGUUUUCAUUUUCUGCAAAUAAAUGUUAAUAGAAAUAUUUUGUCUUUGAAAUUUGGAAGAAAUAUUGUAGUUCAGAGAAUGAAACAAAAAUUAACAUUUUAUCUAAGCACAUACCUAUAAAUAGUAAAUUCUGAAAAACUACAAAUAAUUUUGAAAUGGUUUCUUAAUUUUUUCCUUGGCUGUUUUUACGUGGUUGAAGUCAGAUGAUGCAAAAAUUUCCCGCAAAUUCUUACUCUACAGUGGAUUCUAAAUCAUUAUUAAAGUAAGAUGAGACAGUUUUCCACACUUACUUUAUUAUGUGCUUGCUCAAUAACUGAUUUCGUUUAUUUUUAAGUUGCAUAUUGCAGUUUUAAAGCCCCAAAUGUACUAAAUAUAUAAGAGUUCUAUUGUCAGUGUAUUGGACAGCCUUUAAUAUCAACUGCAGUUGAUUUCAGUGUGCUGAAAUUUGUAUUUAUUAACUUGAUUGUUCUGUGCAGUCAUGGGGGCAUACUUCUGGUAUAAAUACAUUUAAUCUUUACACAUGACUCUACUAUCACCAAAUUUGCUGCUACAAUCUGAUGUCAAUCAUGUAAUCAACUUGACCCCUCCCAUUGUCUACAAUUCUCUCUGAAUAAGUGUCAAUCCAUCUGUGACACACUUGUCUGUUAACCAAUUUCUCUGUUAACCAAUCCCAGACCAGCACUGCUCUAAUGGCAUGCACUUGGAUUAUGCUCAUUUUUCCGUUAUCGUCUUUUGCAAAACUGUAGAUAAUAUAAGCAGUAUAUUUGAAAAUAAAUUUAUAUUUUUGUUCCAAAAAACAACAAAGGUUACAAAAAAAGAUUAAAUGAAUAUAGACUACUUUAAUCACAUUUUUUCAGUCAUAGCCUGAAAAUGCACCGUUGAUCUGUAUGCAACAUUUACAGUUCGAAGAAGGUUGGAAAAAAAUGCUAGAGAGACACGUCAAGGAGCUACAGUGAUAGUCGGGAACCAAUAUUGUGUGUUACGGCAGCAUGGCUGGAAUUUUUAAAUGUAAGGUCGGAUUUUUACUCCUCUGCUGCUCCCGAGUGUCUAAAGUAUUGGUUGUAGGCCGUAUUACUAAAAGGUGCUAUCCUUGAGUGAGUGUUUAUAUAAGCCUGCGCUAGUCAUUGGUGUUUUACUCGUCCUGUGCUUGGAUAGAACAUCCCUGAAGAUUGUCAAAGCAGAAACGUGUGCUAAAAAUGUCACGUGUGCACACUAGCCAUAGUUAUCUGUGAGUUCUACACAUACGUGUGCACAAAGUUUCGGACCACUCUUUCUGCAGGACCAUUGCAUGCUGUUGUUUGGAUGAAAAAGCAGGAAAAUACGUUCUGCAGUAUAUGUUCCAGAAUGUUCCAUCUGUGAUGAACCCAGAAGACUCUCUGCUUUUAAUACCAACUAGGAAUAAGGAAAGAGGUAAUGGACACUUUAUGUGCCCAUAAAGACAGAGAACUUGCAUGAAUGUGAGUUUAAUGAAUCAUGAUUGACUAACUUGUACUAAAGAGCAUCCUUUCUGAGAUAUACAAUUAAAAGUUACUACAAAUUAUAAAUGAUGCCAACGAAUAAACAGAAGUUUCAUGACUGAUUUGGUUAAUGUCUUGUGUGCUGUGAUGCUGUGAGACAAAAGUUGGUAUUUAAACCGGUUUCAACACGUCUAUCAUCUACAUUUGUUUAGUCUGUUCUACUUUCCUGUUCUAAGCUGAUAAAAGUGGCACCCAGUGUUUCCAGUGUAUGCCCAUCUUCUACUCUUUUGUAUACCUUUUACCUAUUUCAGUCACAAUUGCCUUUCUAUUCAACUUUUUUUGGAUCUCUCUCUCUAAAUCCUAAAAAUGGCAAGAAAAUCCCGGCAGAAAGGUGUAAAUCACCUUUCUUCUUGUUCUGAUGCUCGGUUUGAAGCAAUCCUAUUGACCAUGUCUAAAUGUUACUGUGCCGUUGGUGCAAUGUGGCUGAGAAGUUAAACUGGUGUACCUAAUAAAGUGGUCAACCUUUAUACUAUACAAUAUGUUAGGGAUAAUGUACAGGCAGCCGGUUGUUAUCGCAGAAUUAAGCAACGACAGUGUGAUCAGGACCCGACUCAAAGCAAAGAGGCAAUUUGGUUUAGUCAUUUGUAAAUAUAAUGUGAUAUCUUAUUAAAAGACAUAUUUGUAUUUAAAUUUAAAUUUAUUGUCUAAGAAAUAUUUCCAGCCCAAUGACCCCUCAAAACCCGCCCAAAAGGAAUGAACA